CAAAAGCACACGCCCACACAUAAACACUCACAUACACACAUGUACAUACAUACACAUACAGACGCGCAUAUGUAUAUAUAGGGAGAGGGGGAGUUGGAGAGAGAUAGAGAGAUACAUACAUACAUACGUGUAUAUACACGUACACACAAACACACGUAUAUGCACAUAUUCAUAGUUAAACCUGCAAACGCACAUGCGGUCUUCGCCUUCUUUCUCAUGCACAAACACACACACCCACAUAUAAGCACAUACACACACACAUACACACAUCCACUCUCAUACAUACGCAAUCAUAAUAAACUAUCAACUGACUGACUGUUAUCCAUUACAUGAGCGGCGAAGUAAACGAUGCCAGAACCCAUAUGAUGUAGAAACAGUAUGAAAGAACACUGACUACAAUCACAGCAAACUACCAAAACACACUACAUAACAGAUAAGGUUGAGAGGUGACACAUAAGACUGAACUCACCAAAGACUGAAAUCCACGUCAGUUGAAAUUCUCGUUCUUAGAAAUUCUUUGAGGUUUGGAGAUGUCACAAGAAAUAACUACGUCGAUAUACGAGUGGAGGCCGUGCAUCUUACUUCAGGUGGAACCCGAUAAGUCAACAAUCCGCACGAUAUUCACGCAUGCACCUGCCGAGUUAAAUAUCAGCAAUUACACCAUAUCGUUGGCUCCGGAUUCAAUGGAAGGGAAGCAGAUAUCAGAUAUUACGAACAAAACUAGCUACAACUUCACCGGAGUUAUACCUGGCAAAUAUUUAGUCAUGAUAAGACCUUGGGCAAAAGACAGAUUCUGUAAAGUAUGCCGGAGAACAUACACUUCAAGCUUCUCAGUGAACAUAAAAUACCGGCGAAAUUACAGAAAAACGACAAAGUUAGAUAAUGGUUCCCAACCAGAACUAAAAGAAAAGAACAAAAUAAAAGUAUAUGUCAUCAACACUUUUGACCACGAGCAGCACCAAAGGGCAUGUGAUUCUUUCAUGGUGUACCUACAUGAACACUGCUUCUGCGAAGUCUUAAACCUAAACGAGAAUAACAAAAUAACGACUGAUUUAGCAGAUAUCUUCAAAUCAGUUGAUUUUAUCAUUUUAAUCCAUUCUGAAGGUUAUUCUAAACAAGUAACUGCUUGGAAAGAGAAAAUAUUAUAUCCAGAACUAUGUAAAUCUAACCCGUCUAUUUUACUUCAGAUUAUGAACGACACAGUAACAAACUGUAUUGAUUGUGCCAUGAACUACACGAAUCCUAACUAUUUGGCACCAAAGAACAAGAGCAAACAGCUCUUCAUCAUUCCUGACAACAUGACAGAAUUGGUCUGUUACAUUCACAAUAUUAAGCUGGACUCUACAGAUGAGGAAAACAUUCCUUUGAUUGAAGAGCACAUUUAUUCAUCUGAUGACGGUUUGGCAAUGACAAAUGCUAUCGACAGAGCCACAGAGUACGAGCUUCUUCAUGAUGACUGGUUUCUCAAACUACAUCCUCAUUCAUUCACCAUAUAAAAUGUACAAUUUACUUCAGACAAUUUCCGUUACUCAAACACUUCACAAUAUUUUUAAAAUAUUGUUUUUGUCUUUUUUUUCCUGCUUGACAUCAGUUCUUCUGUGCUGGCAUGGAAGGAUGGGAUAAUGCAAGAAUGGUGUAUGCAUUUCAUUUGUUUUAGAUUUUUUUUUAUAAGUUAGUAAGAUGACGAGAAGAGACAGCACUCAUAACCAUUGGAGGUUGUUGCUCUCGAGCUGAUGUGGUUACUAUAUUCAAUGCCCUACCUGAUCAUCAGUAGGUUAUUUCUGAAGGAAAAAACGUUGUUGAGGAGGAGAACAGGGUUUGGUCUGGUCUGUGUGAUUGCCAUAGUCAUCCAAGAACUAUGAAGCAGCGUUAGUAUAGUAUUCCUAGUCCAUAAAAAAAUAUUUAUCAAUGACUACCAGAGUUUAGUUUCGCACCAAAACUAGAGAAGUUGCUAUUCUGUAAGCAGAGGAACUUUAAUGGAGAUACGUAUGUUGGAACAACAGGAAUAGAUGUAUUUUGGAACAAUGGAGACACAUGUGUGUCAGAAUAAUACUGAUAAACAAUAGAGUAAGAAAUUUCAGAAAUGACUCCUCAGCAUAUAGAAACAAUUGAUUGACUAAGAGAUCAACACUUGGACAUUAUCUUUGCAUCAUGCUAUUGUUAGAGAAGUAAUUUUUACUGCUAUCUCAGACCACUCAGCUGUAAUAUCUGAGUGAGUCCUUUGUGCCAGUCAAACACACUGAGAUGAGAACCGUUAUGCACCGAGCACAAAGUAACAACGUGACUGUUGUGAUGGUUUGAAUUCAAUAGUCCAAGAACUUUGCUCUUUACAAUUGAUUAUCGAUAAAUCAAGAUUUACAAUAAGUGAUACAGCUGUGGUGUUCUCUUUAUUUGAUACACAUAGUGACCAGAUGUCUAAAUGGACGACAUAUUAGGUCAGUGGGCAUAAAAGUAAUGAGUUUAAUUCCAACUGUAGGAAAGAACAAGUAACAAACAGCCUUAGAAUGUUUCUUUGGAUCAACUGAGGCCUUAUCUUGGUAAAGCUUGUCUUUCAACUACUUCCUACCAUGAAAGCAAGCAGAGAGAAGCAGCAACAUUUCAAUCGUCAGACAAUACUAUUGUCUCACAUCACAAAUCUCUCUAUCUCCCCUCCUCUCUCUCUCUCUCUCUCUCUCUCUCUCUCUCUCUCUCUCUUCCUCUUCUCCACCUCUCUCUCACACACACAUAUACGCACACCCAGUGCUAAACAGACUUAAUUACUUUCAACGUUAUGUAGUUACUUGAAAUAUCUAUGUGAUCAGUCCACCAGGCAUUAUCCCAACUGGGUGAACUGAGGUCAUGCUGAAUAAAUUGGUCUGUGCAGAAAUGCAAUGAAAUCCCAACACGUGACUUGAAACCGCAGCCUAUGUCUUUCAACUAAUACAUCCAAAACUACCAUUUUAUUUCUCCAUUGUUAUUUCACCUUAACAAAUGUUAAACUGUUGUGCAAUAUU